ACUUGUGCCUGGACAGCUCCCGCGGGCAAAGAGGGCGAUCUACGGCUUCGCAGGGGCGGCGCGCCUGUUCUGGCUCGCCGUGUGGGGCGGCCGGCAGGGGGGGGGCUGGGUCCAGUCGCGCCUCGAGCGGGCCCUGUUCUAUUGCGGGAUCGACGGGCAGCUGGAGGGCGUCGCGGUCUCUCGCGCGGGCGACGUUCUCAUCGCCGAGACCUCGGAGACGAAGCUGAAGGACAUCCUGUCGAAGGAGAAGCGUGGCCGAGUCGCGGCGACGGUGAACUGCGCGACGUGCGUCGAGCCGAUCAUGAUCCCACUUGCGAGGCGGAAGCAGCUCCAAGCAGACCUGGAUGCCGCGUGGGCGGCGGAGCUGCUGCGCGAGUCGGGCGAGAUCGGCUGGCCG